CGGAUCUUGAUGCCUUCUUACCAACUCCUUGCGUUUAGUAUUUGCGUUUAUCGUGCUCUCUAUCACUUUGCGUACCCCGACGAGUUGGGUUGGAUUAGUGAGCAUCAGUUUUGCUGGGUCACGAAUGAUUGGAAAUUUAGGGUUCAGAAAGAAUGGAUUUGUGAAUAUAUUUGACCGACCAAUCAGAUGAGAAGUUUUUGUUUACUUAAACUGUGUGUGUUCAAUGCUGAUUGAACAGGAUCGGUGGAUCUGGUAUGGACCUCAGAAGCAAAGCCCGGACCCUUGCUGGUCCGGUCAGCGAUCCAUCGGAGCUUCCGAAGUGGAACUAUGACGGGUCGAGCACCGGCCAAGCUCCCGGGGAAGACAGUGAAGUGAUCCUAUACCCCCAGGCAAUAUUCAAAGAUCCAUUUAGGAAGGGCAACAAUAUCUUGGUCAUGUGCGAUGCAUACACUCCUGCUGGUGAGCCUAUUCCAACAAACAGUAGACACCAUGCUGCCAAGGUCUUUAGCGACCCGCAUGUUGUCAAAGAGGAGCCAUGGUUUGGAAUUGAGCAAGAGUAUACUCUCCUCCAAAAGAAUGUUAAAUGGCCACUUGGAUGGCCUGCUGGAGGUUUCCCUGGACCCCAGGGACCAUAUUACUGUGGCAUUGGAGCUGACAAAGCUUUUGGGCGUGACAUUGUUGACGCACACUACAAAGCAUGCCUUUAUGCUGGGAUCAACAUCAGCGGUAUUAAUGGAGAAGUGAUGCCUGGACAGUGGGAAUUCCAAGUUGGUCCAUCGGUAGGAAUUUCAGCGGGUGAUGAGGUGUGGGUGGCUAGGUAUAUUCUGGAGAGGAUUGCGGAGAUUUCUGGAGUGGUCGUCUCAUUUGACCCGAAACCAAUUCCUGGUGAUUGGAAUGGUGCCGGGGCUCACACAAACUACAGCACCAAGUCAAUGAGGAAUGAUGGUGGAUUUGAAGUGAUUAAGAAGGCCAUUGGAAAGCUGAAGCUGAACCACAGGGAUCACAUUGCUGCAUAUGGGGAGGGCAAUGAGCGCCGUCUGACCGGAAGGCAUGAGACCGCUGACAUUCACACCUUCUCAUGGGGAGUCGCGAACCGCGGUGCGUCCGUUCGUGUGGGACGUGAUACGGAGAAAGAUGGCAAAGGCUACUUUGAGGACCGGAGGCCAGCUUCCAACAUGGAUCCCUACGUCGUUACCUCCAUGAUUGCCCAGACCACUCUUUGUUCAUUCUAUGCGAGUUUUCCGUAUGGAUCAGAUCCAUCCCAGCCUUGUUGUGUUUUGUUCGGUAAUUGAAUAAUGCUUUGUCACGCUUGUUCUAUGUGGGUGGGUGGGUAUAUUGUUGAACUCAAGUGGCAAUUUUUUUGUCACGCUUUAAAAAUAUUCCGUAUAUUUCUAAGAUUCAGUGAUUUGCGGUGUCAUACUCCAUUACUUACGUUCUUGGCGCUUGUAAAAUAGUUAAAGGAAAAUAUAUACCCC